AUGUCUGACAAGACUAACCUCGCUGAAGUUAAAACAUUUGACAAGAGACAGCUGAAGAAAAUGGAAACAGAAGAGAAAAAUCCUCUUCCCACAAAAGAAAUGACUGAACAGGAAAAAGGCUGCUAA